AUGGGUACACUGAGGGACCUGCAGUUUGUGCUGCAGCUUAAGAUCGAGGAGCUCAGUCAGAGAGACGCUCUGAUAGAUGAGCUGGAGUUGGAGCUGGACUCUAAAGAUGACCUCAUCAGACAGCUGCAGACAGAAUUGGACCGACACCGCAACCCUCCACAACACCCAGGGACCACUUGGAGCACUGAGAACACAGCCUCGAGUCUUCUUGGGUAUGAACGGACUAAGAGACAGGCAAUAUCAGCAGAACCCACUGCCCUGGACCCCGCCCAACUCACAUACGUCACACUCACCAACUACAGCAAGAGCGAGGUGUCUAGAGAGCUGAUCCAGAGGGCUCUGCUGGAGAAUGACUUCAUGAAACACCUGGAGCAGGGACAGAUUCAGACCAUAGUGGACUGUAUGCAUCCCACCCGUCUGGCCCAGGGCUGCUGUGUCCUACAGGAGGGAGACGACGGAUCUCUGGUCUAUGUACUGGAGGAGGGGAAGGUGGAGGUUACUAAAGGGGGACAGAAGCUGUGCACCAUGGAUCCUGGGAAGGUCUUUGGAGAACUGGCCGUCCUCUACAACUGUACCAGGACCGCUACUGUUACAGCUUUGACUGACAUUAAGCUGUGGGUGAUAGACAGACAGGGUUUUCAGACCAUCAUGAUGAGCAAUGGACUCAUCAAACACUUCCAGUAUAUGGAGUUCAUCCGCAGUGUUCCCUCCUUUCAGUCGUUGCCUGAGGACAUUCUUAGUAAGGUGGCUGAUGUUCUGGAGGAGACUCACUACAGUGAAGGUGAUUACAGCAUCAGGCAGGGUGCCACAGGAGACACCUUCUUCAUCAUCAGCGAAGGACAGGUAAAGGUCACACAGCAGAAAUCAUCCAAUGAGAAUCCAGAGUUUCUAACCACUCUCACUAGUGGGGACUGGUUUGGAGAGCAGGCGCUGAAAGGGUGAGACAACAGCACUGCUAACCACCAAACAACAACAAGCAGCUUUAAUGGACAUGCAAACACAAACCUGACAUACAAUGUAUAAAUGUAUUUAACAUAACCAACCAACCAAACAAACCAAUAAACAAACAUACAGUCUCAAAGAAUCAGAGUAGAGUUCUAUUAGGCAGAGUUCUAUUAGGCAGAGUUCUAUUAGGCAGAGUUCUAUUAGGCAGAGUUCUAUUAGGUAGAGUU